GGUACUGCAUUGAUAAGACUUUGAGUUGGAACUUUAUCAAGUAUUACAGGUUUUCCAAAAUGUACAAUUUGUUAAAAAAUAUGCCAGUAGGAGUUUUAUUGUACUUCAGUUGUUAACUUCUGCUUUCAAGGAUCAUCUAAUAUACGUUGCAAAAGAGAAGGUCUUCCAUAUGUUGUUUACUCAGAAAGCUGCUUUCUUUUCAGUGUUGUAUGGUCCUCUGCAUUUCCAGCGCCUGUGUGAGCUCUACCACGAGUGAGUGAACUCCUCGAUACUGGCACAGCCAAUGUUAAAUGUGAGACAGGCCGGGCAUCCUUUACUGCCUUUUCCUUUUACCCUUUUGGAUGCCGCCACAUAAGGCUCCAAGGUUUGGGAUAAUUAAGGGAAGUCUAGUAUAGAAAGAGGAAAUUUAGAGGUCUGUGCUAAAUGUGGGUUUUCUUAUGGUUCAGGAAAAGGCACAGGACAAGUUAAACUCUUUACAGAUGUCGCCUUGCUGGCCAUACCUCAUUUCUAUCUUUGUGGUCCUGUUUUCAGCUCUACACUUCCGUCAGAAGAACUCCUUUCAUGUCACCUCUGCAGAGGGGAGCAGCCCCACCUUUCUUCCAAAUCUUCAAAUUGCUGUUCCAUGCAUUCUGUCCAGACAAAUCCGAAAACAUGGCUACUACUGCAAUUAGGGAAGUUGGAGUUUGGAGACAGACCAGAACACUCCUGCUUAAGAAUUACCUAGUUAAAUGCAGGACUAAAAAAAGUAGUGUUCAGGAGAUUCUUUUUCCACUAUUUUUUUUAUUUUGGUUAAUAUUAAUUAGCAUGAUGCAUCCAAAUAAGAAAUACGAAGAAGUGCCUGAUAUGGAACUUAACCCUAUGGACAAAUCUAUUCUCUCUAACGUAAUUCUUGGAUAUACUCCAGUGACUAAUAUUACAAGAAACAUCAUGGAAAAGGUUUCCACUGACCACCUUCCUGAUGUCAUACAUACUAAAGAAUAUGCAAAUGAAGGAGAAUUGGUAGCAUCCAGUCUUUCUCAGUCCAGUGAAUUUGUUGGUGUGGUUUUUAAAGACUCCAUGUCCUAUGAACUCCGUUUUUUUCCUGAUACAAUUCCAGUAUCAUCUGUUUAUAUGGAUUCAAGAGCUAGCUGUUCAAAAUCAUGUGAGGCCGCUCAGUAUUGGUCCUCAGGGUUCACAGUUUUACAAGCGUCCAUAGAUGCUGCCAUUAUACAGUUGAAGACCAAUGUUUCUUUUUGGAAUGAGCUGGAGUCAACUAAAGCUGUUAUUAUGGGAGAAACUGCUGUUAUAGAAAUAGAUACCUUUCCCCGAGGAGUAAUUUUAAUUUACCUGGUUAUAGCAUUUUCACCUUUUGGAUACUUUCUGGCAAUUCAUAUCGUAGCAGAAAAAGAGAAAAAGUUAAAAGAAUUUUUAAAGAUAAUGGGGCUUCAUGACACUGCCUUUUGGCUUUCCUGGGUUCUUCUGUAUACAAGCUUGCUUUUUCUUAUGUCUCUUCUUAUGGCAGUCAUUGCAACAGCUUCUUCAUUAUUCCCUCACAGUAGCUGCUUGGUGAUAUUUCUACUUUUCUUCCUGUAUGGGUUAUCAUCUGUAUUUUUUGCUUUAAUGCUGACACCUCUUUUUAAAAAAUCAAAACAUGUGGGAAUAGUUGAAUUUUUGGUCACUGUGGCUUUUGGAUUUGUUGGCCUUUUGAUAGUCCUCAUGGAAAGUUUUCCCAAAUCAUUGGUGUGGCUUUUCAGUCCCUUCUGUCAGUGUACUUUUUUGAUUGGUAUUGCACAGGUCAUGAAUUUAGAAGAUUUUAAUGAAGGUGCUUUAUUUUCUAAUCUGACUGAAGGCCCGUACCCUCUGAUUAUUACACUCAUCAUGCUGGCACUUAACAGCCUGUUCUACCUCCUCUCGGCUGUCUAUCUUGAUCAGGUCAUUCCAGGAGAAUUUGGCUUACGGAGAUCCUCUUUAUAUUUUCUGAAGCCAUCGUAUUGGUCAAAAAGCAAAAGAAAUUAUAAGGAGUUAUCAGAGGGCAAUGCUAAUGGGAAUAUUAGUUUUAGUGAAAUUAUCGAGCCUGUUUCUUCAGAGUUUAUAGGAAAAGAAGCCAUAAGAAUCAGUGGUAUUCAAAAGACGUACAGAAAGAAGGGUGAAAAUGUGGAGGCUUUGAGAAAUUUAUCAUUUGACAUAUACGAGGGUCAGAUUACUGCAUUACUUGGCCACAGUGGAACAGGGAAGAGUACACUGAUGAAUAUUCUUUGUGGACUAUGCCCACCUUCUGAUGGGUUUGCAUCUAUAUAUGGACACAGAGUCUCAGAAAUAGAUGAAAUGUUUGAAGCAAGAAAAAUGAUUGGCAUUUGUCCACAGUUAGAUAUACACUUUGAUGUUUUGACAGUAGAAGAAAAUUUAUCCAUUUUGGCUUCAAUCAAAGGAAUACCAGCCAAUAAUGUAAUACAAGAAGUACAGAAGGUUUUACUGGAUUUAGACAUGCAGGCUAUCAAAGAUAAUCAAGCUAAGAAACUAAGUGGUGGUCAGAAAAGAAAACUGUCUUUGGGAAUUGCUGUUCUUGGGAAUCCAAAGAUACUGUUGCUAGAUGAACCGACAGCUGGAAUGGACCCCUGUUCUCGUCAUAUUGUUUGGAAUCUUCUGAAAUACAGAAAAUCCAGCCGGGUGACGGUGUUUAGUACUCACUUCAUGGAUGAAGCUGACAUUCUUGCUGAUAGGAAAGCUGUCAUAUCACAAGGAAUGUUAAAAUGUGUUGGCUCUUCAAUUUUUCUCAAAAGCAAAUGGGGGAUUGGCUACCGCCUGAGCAUGUACAUAGACAGAUACUGUGCCACAGAAUCUCUUUCUUCUCUGGUUAAACAACACAUACCUGGAGCUACUUCAUUACAACAGACUGACCAACAGCUUGUGUACAGCUUGCCUUUCAAGGACAUGGACAAAUUUUCAGGUUUAUUUUCUGCUCUAGACGCUCAUUCCAACUUGGGUAUUAUUUCUUAUGGUGUUUCCAUGACGACUUUGGAAGAUGUAUUCUUAAAGCUGGAAGUUGAAGCAGAAAUUGACCAAGCAGAUUAUAGCGUAUUUACUCAGCAGCCACCAGAGGAAGAAUGGGAUUCAAAGUCUUUUGAUGAAAUGGAGCAGAGCUUGCUUAUUCUUUCUGAAACCAAGGCAUCCCUAGUGAGCACCAUGAGCCUGUGGAAACAGCAGAUGUAUACAACAGCAAAGUUUCAUUGCCUUACCUUGAAACGUGAAAGCAAAUCAGCGCGGUCAGUGUUGCUUCUGCUUUUAAUUUUUUUUACAGUUCAGAUUUUUAUGUUUCUGGUGCAUCACUCUUUUAAGAAUGCCGUGGUUCCCAUCAAACUUGUUCCAGACUUAUACUUCCUAAGACCUGGAGAUAAACCUGAUAAAUACAGAACAAGUCUGCUUCUUCAAAAUUCUACUGACUCAGAUAUCAGUGAUCUUAUUAGCUUUUUCACAAACCAGAACAUAAUGGUGACGAUGUUUAAUGACAGUGACUAUGUGUCCGCCGCUCCCCAUAGUGCAGCUUUAAAUGUGAUGCAGGCAGAAAAGGACUAUGUUUUUACAGCUGUUUUCAACAGUACUAUGGUUUAUUCUUUACCUGUAUUGAUGAAUAUCAUUAGUAACUACUAUCUUUAUCAUUCCAACGUGACUGAAAGCAUCCAGAUCUGGAAUACCCCAUUCUUUCAAGAAAUUACAGACAUCGUUUUUAGAGUUGAGCUGUAUUUUCAAGCAGCUUUACUUGGCGUUAUUGUUACCGCAAUGCCACCUUACUUUGCCAUGGAAAAUGCAGAGAAUCAUAAGAUCAAAGCUUAUACUCAACUUAAACUUUCGGGUCUUUUGCCAUCUGCAUAUUGGAUUGGACAAGCUAUUGUUGAUAUCCCCUUAUUUUUUGUCAUUCUUAUUUUGAUGCUAGGAAGUUUAUUUGCAUUUCAUUAUGGAUUAUAUUUUUAUCCUGCAAAGUUCCUUUCUGUGGUUUUUUGCCUCAUUGGUUAUGUUCCAUCAGUUAUUCUGUUUACCUAUGUGACUUCUUUCACUUUUAAAAAAAUUUUAAAUACCAAGGAAUUUUGGUCAUUUAUCUAUUCCGUGACAGCGUUGGCUUGCAUUGCAGUCACCGAAAUAACUUACUUUAUGGGCUACACGGUCACAGCUGUUCUUCAUUACACCUUUUGCAUAGCCAUUCCAAUCUACCCCCUUCUAGGUUGCCUGAUUUGUUUCAUAAAGGCUUCUUGGAAGAAUAAUCAGAAAAGUGAGGACACCUACAACCCAUGGGAUAGGCUUUUGGUGGCUGUUAUAUCGCCUUACCUGCAGUGUGUGCUGUGGAUUUUCCUCUUGCAGUACUAUGAGAAAAAAUAUGGGGGCAGAUCACUAAGAAAGGAUCCCUUUUUCAGGAACCUUUCAAAAAAGUCCAAAAGUAGGAAAUUUCCAGAACCAGCAAGCAAUGAGAAUGAAGAUGAGGAUGUCAAAGCUGAAAGGCUGAAGGUCAAAGAGUUGAUGAGCUGCCACUGUUGUGAGGAGAAACCAGCCAUUAUGGUCAACAAUUUGCAUAAAGAAUAUGACGACAAGAAAGAUUUUCUUCUUACAAGAAGAGUAAAGAAAGUGGCAAAUAAAUAUGUCUCCUUCUGUGUGAAAAAAGGCGAGAUCUUGGGACUGCUGGGUCCAAAUGGUGCAGGCAAAAGCACAAUUAUUAAUAUUCUGGUUGGUGAUCUAGAACCAACUUCAGGCCAGGUAUUUCUAGGAGAUUAUUCUUCAGACCCAACUGAAGACAAUGAUUCCAGUAAGUGUAUGGGAUACUGUCCUCAGAUAAACCCACUGUGGCCAGAUAUUACAUUACAGGAACAUUUUGAAAUUUAUGGAGCAGUGAAAGGAAUGAGUGCAGGUGACAUGAAAGAGGUCAUAAAUCGAAUAACAAAUGCACUUGAUUUAAAAGAACAUCUUCAGAAAACUGUAAAGAAACUACCUGCAGGAAUCAAGCGAAAGUUGUGUUUUGCACUGAGCAUGCUGGGGAAUCCCCCUAUUACUCUGCUAGACGAACCAUCUACGGGUAUGGACCCUAAAGCCAAACAGCACAUGUGGAGAGCAAUUCGAACCGCAUUUAAAAACAGGAAGCGGGCUGCCAUUCUGACCACUCAUUACAUGGAGGAGGCCGAGGCUGUCUGUGACCGGGUGGCUGUCAUGGUGUCUGGGCAGUUAAGAUGUAUUGGGACAGUUCAACAUCUGAAGAGCAAAUUUGGGAAAGGAUACUUCUUGGAAAUUAAAUUAAAGGACUGGAUAGAAAACCUAGAAGUAGAUCGUCUUCAAAGAGAAAUUCAGUAUAUUUUCCCAAAUGCAAGCCGUCAGGAAAGUUUUUCUUCUAUUUUGGCUUAUAAAAUUCCUAAGGAGGAUGUUCAGUCCCUUUCACAAUCUUUUUCUAAGCUAGAAGAAGCUAAACAUACUUUUGCCAUUGAAGAAUAUAGCUUCUCUCAGGCAACGUUGGAACAGGUUUUUGUAGAACUCGCUAAAGAACAAGAGGAAGAAGACAACAGUUGUGGGACUUUAAACAGCGCACUUUGGUGGGAAAGAACGCAGGAGGAUAGAGUAGUAUUUUGAAUCUGUAUUGCUCAGUGGGCUUAACUGAAUUUCUUUCUUUUUCACUUUAUUUUAACUUUGGUUUAAAAAGCUUAUUGUUUGGUAAUUGAAGAGCUGUGAAAGCAUUGGGAUUUUCCCCGGCAUCAUUAAUUGAAAUGAUGUGGUUGUGUGUUUUACUUCUCUUCAAAAAAAACUUACGUAUAAUUAUUUGAAACUGCAUGUUUGUAUCUGAAGUAUAUUGAACUGUAGUCUGUAUAUAAAAUUGAAUACCUUCUUUUUCACCUUUCAGAAACAGUGCUUCUGGAUUUAUGAUAGGAAGAAAUAGCGAUAGAAUGAUUUUAUUUUGAGCCGUCAUCUUUAUGUUUAAGUUUACACCAUCUUGUUACAUAAGUAUGUAAUGUCCCAAUCUAAAUUAAAAAAAAUACAAAAUUAAUACAUAGAACAGAGACAUAAAGCAAAAGUGUCUUGCUUUUACUUCUUAAUUUCUAAAAGAAACUGAAUCACAAUUGGCAUUCUAAAUAAAAAGCUGAAGUCUUAUUGCAGAUAGAGGUUUACAGGGACAUCCACUAGGUGGCACUUAUCAGUCAUAAUAACUGAGACGAGACCUUGUUCUAGUAGGUGGUUUUAAACAUAAGUAACUUAAGUAUAUGAAGUCUUUUGCCUACAGUAAAAUUCAGAGGUCUUUCAAUUAUUGUGGAAGGCUGUGUCUAGGAUCUUACUAUGUAAUAGUCUGAAUUUUUGACUGUUUGGGGCUGGAAUGACAGACAUCUAUAGAGUUGCAAAAAUUAAACCAUACCUUCUCCUCCACCCCUCAUGGAAGACAUAAAUAUUUUGUCAUCUUCUUUCUAAAGAACAUAUUUUAUUUUGUUCUAGAAUAAAAUAAUUUGUUGGGUAAUCAUUUUUGGUAAACCUUAUUAUUUGAAUCUCUCUCUUUUAGAGAGUUUUAAAUAUAUCAGUGUGUGGAUUUAUUUAUUAACUCACCUCAGUUCACUUUGGAACGUGGUGGGAUAUAAAUAAACUUUUGGGGGUUAAAUUAAGGAUUAGAAAUAAACCAUAGGGGCGAGGGUAUAGCUCAGUGGUAGAACGCAUGCUUAGCACGCAUGAGGUCCUGGGCUCAAUCCCCAGUACCUCCUCUAAAAAUAAAAAAACCUAAUUACCUCCCCAUGCAAAAACAUUUUUAAAUUAAAAAUUAAAGAAAUAAAUCAUACGUAAUUCUCCUUAAUAAGAAACCAGAAUUUCACUCUGUGAAGAGUUGAAGUAAGAGUAUGGUUAAUGUAAUCUUAGAAAUACUUCCUCGUAGAACCCAUGUAUGGACUAUGGGUAUAAUAUAGUAUAAAUAAUAUUAGUUGACAUAUUUCAGCCAGAUGACUCAAAGUAUUAACUCUGCGGAAACAAACAUGGUAGGAGUGUGAUUAUUGCAUUACAAAGAGUCUUAAAGAACAACAGUCACAACGGAAGGAUUUGGUACUGAGUUACUUUGAAGAGCCAAACCCUUUAGUGACAUUAUUAGCGAACGUAGAUAAAACUUAAUAAACUUUUCGCUCUACUGUGUAUAAGACGUCUGUGAUCUUAGGCUCCAGCAGCUGGUGUACGAUAGCGUACCUUUCUCAGCCCCAGCACGAGGUACGUGACUGGUACUUCCCUCCGUUGCUUUGACCUCACUGCGCGUUCCUGACAGCGGGUUCUCUACCCGCCAUCUGGAGGUCCUCUCACUAAUCUAACGAGCUGUCUUACAGUCUCUGCUUGGAUUUUGCAAUCCACAGCGCAGUUACUUCCCCUUGUAUGAUUUAGUUGGCACUAGUUUUUAAUCUUUUAUUAUCAAGUCACUUGCCUCGUGAUACCAAACUUUCAGAUCCUUCACCUGAGACACUCGCUUUGACAUCUUUACUAAAAUAAAAGUUGUAACUUACACUGAACUUCAGUACUGCGUGAUGAGUAAGUCAAGAAACAUUUGAAUGAAAAUCUUUACCUUUGUAGAUAAUAAGUAGUACAUUGCAUUUUCUAAGCAAGUCACUGCUAACUGGUGUCAUCAAUUUAAAGAGAGAUCUUUUAGUGUGUGACAUUCAUAUAAAUACUGGCGGGCUUCUCUUUCAGGAUGUGUUUUUGUAGCUAUGCUGACCAGGCAUAAUCACGUUCCUAUCUAUUAAGUUCUUUCAGUUACUUUACUAUUAUGGUGCUCUUGCAAGCAUUUUUUUAAAGGCAUUUUUUUAAGUUUUUACAUACUUGGAGUGAAUAUAUUUUGGUCAUGAAUUAAAUUAUUUGUCAGAAUGUUCUGUUCUCAUUUUUUCACACAAUAAUAAAGUUUUUCCUAUUCAGAAGUAUAAUUUAACUAAUCCUUAGGAAAGCAAAGGUAAGCAGGGUGGGAAGAAAAGGUGACAGGUCAAAUAAGAGUUUAUCUUUACUGACAUUGUACACUUUAUGUUUUUGAACAUAUAUUACUUCAUUUCAAAAUGUCUUAAAUUGUGAUCUCAAAACUUUUCCCUAUACCAAUACAAAUAAAUAUAAAUACACCUAUUAGGAAAAAGUUAGAAAAAGCAGUAUCUCCUAGCUUACAUUUUCCAUCCACAAUCAAAUUUUACAAGCAAAGCCUGGACCUUACUGAGUGACCGUGGUUAGUGACUAACGCAGUGUUAGGUAGGAACAAGGUCAUGAAGAACGUGACGAUGAGUGUACUUUACGUUUCCCUCUGUGGGCUCUUCGUUUUUUUUUUUUCCAGUUUGUUUUCAGUAAAAGGCCAUAGCUUUUCUUUAAAAAGCAUUUUUUCCUCUAAGUUGGCCCAAACUAUAUCUUAAAUCAAUAUUUUACUUUAGUCAUUAAAUUGUCUUUAGAGUAAUUUAAUUCCGCAAACCGUUUAGAGAUCAUGGUUCAAGCAAUGGGUUCUUUGGAUAGAACGGUAACUAUCCACUUUGCCCCUGGAAGAUCUUACGAUCUAGUAGGAAAGAUAGGUACUUACAUAACUAACUCUAAUAUAAUAACAAAUGUGUUGCUAGUGGUACUGUUUAUUGGAGCACAGUUCUACUUGGGGUUAAGUGUUGUCGUGCUUUUAUUCUUGUUCUGUUCGUUAUAGCAGCAUUUCCUUUGUACUCUGAAUUUGAUGAAAUACCAUGCUGUAUUUUUAUGUAACACAUAAAUAUGCAUUAAUUUUUUAAAAAUAGAAAUGCUUAUCCUUAAUGUAUUUUUAAUACUGCUAACAUUGAUUUUUUCAUUUUCUUUCUUGAGAGAACAUGUUACCUAAAAUGAAAAGAACUUAUUCUCAGGUGAAUAAUUUUUAUAUCUGCUAUUCUUAUAAGGUAAAAAGUUUUCUUAUUUUUUAUUCAUAAUAUGUUAUAUGUAAGUAAUUCUCAAUGCUGCCCUUUAAGAAAAAUAAAUAUGAUUCUAUUAUUAGUAACAAGCUUUAAGAACUGAAAAAUUAAGACAACUCUUCAUUUUGUACACUGAAAUGGAUACUUUGUUAUUGAAUGUUGAUAAAUGAAUAAUGAGUGGCUCAUAUUAAAAAUGAAGAAGAAACCUGGUACUAAAA